ACCAUGGAAAGGGAUAUGCUCCUGUUUAUCCUGAUACGCCUCCACACUACGCCUUCGAGCACGCCGUCCACGACGACUACGCCGGCACCCACUUCGGCCACUCGGAGGCUCGCGACGGCUACAAGACGGAGGGCAAGUACUUCGUGCACCUCCCCGACGGCCGCGUCCAGACCGUCACUUACUACGCCGACGAGACUGGCUACCACCCCACCGUCUCCUACGAGGGGACGGCCCACUACGACGCCCACGCAGCCGCCCCUGCCAAGGCUUACCACGCCCUGA